GUAUCGUUGAAGAUAAAGUGUGUGUUAGUCGAAUUUACUCAAUCGAGUGAGUGAGGUACGUGGACACCGUUCAGCUCAUUCAGAUGCAAAAAAACGAGUUUUCGUGAUGUUGUUUUUUGAUACGUUGUUGGAUGCGAGCUUAAUUAGCUCCAGUGAACAAUAUGAGAUUUUCAUAUUUUUUUCCCUAUAACGUCAAUUAAAAAUGCACGGAUCGUGUAAUUAUAGUUAGUAGUGAAGUGUUUUGUUGUUUUGUUUUGGAUGUUUAUUCUUUCUGUUGAGAAAUUGCACGCAAUUCAAUAGACUAUGGACAAUAACAUUAAAUUGAAUACUAUGAAGAAGGCGAAUGUGGAUCCAAGACAAUCAAUUAAUAGCAGUGAUGAUUAUGGCGUUGUAACAGAACGCUAUUACGGCUGCUACAGACUCGGUGCUAUCAUAGCCGGUGCAUUGAUUAUUAUAUUAAUUGUUGGAACUGUUCCAAUCCUAUUUGCCAUAGAUAACAGUAAAGUAAUUCUGCUAGUCACUUGUUGUAUGCUAUCAAUCGUUGCCAUAUUACUGUUUCUGAGUUUCGGUUGGCAGCGAAAGCAGGCCAAAAAUCAGCGAGAAAGAUUUGGACGUGAAUGGGUAACAACUACAAAGCGACAGAACAAGCAAUACAAAUCGGUUCCGACCUCAUCACAUACGUCAUGGAAAUUCUGGAACACUUCGAAUAAAGACGAGCUUACCAUGAUUCCAGAGAAAUCGGAUCUGAGUCGGUUGAAAAUUCAAUCGACCAGACAACAGACCCACACCAUCGUUUAGAUAAGCUGAAUUCAUUGAUUGUACAAAAUUAUUUAUUUUUGUUUUGAAAAUGUGUCUGAGCAAUAAAAGGCAACUGAUUAGACGUA